AUGAACGCCCCAGACCGUUUUGAGCUCUUCCUACUGCCCGAGGGCGAGUCCAAGCUUAAGAUCGAGCCAGAUACGAAGGCCGCAAAUGCUGUGAUCAUCACAUUUGAGAAGGAGGACCACACGCUAGGCAACAUCAUCCGGGCAGAGCUGCUGGAGGAUGAGCGCGUGCUCUUCGCCGCAUACAAAGUGGAGCACCCGCUGUUUGCCCGUUUCCGCAUGCGCAUACAGACAGCAGAGGGCUACGAUCCCAAGGAGGCGCUGAAAAAUGCUUGCAACAGCAUCAUCAACAAGCUGGCGACGCUGAAGUCCAAUUUUGAGACGGAAUGGAAUCUGCAGACGUUGGCGUCUGAGGACCAGUUCCGGCUGUAA